AUGGUGCCCGGAGUUAAGUCGUCUUUGUGUGACUUCACUAUUGUGGAGUUGAAGGCAUUAUUGCGUGCAAGAGACUUGCCGGUUAGCGGGAGUAAAAGUGAUUUGAUUGCACGAUUCAUGAGUGCGGAACCGGACGUUGGAGAAAAUGUCUCCAGGUUUGAAGAUGAACUUAACGAACCGUUGGACGAUGUUGUACAGGGGAAUCCGCCGUUGGAAGAAUCAGUUUACCUGGAUCAGACUGUGAGAUCCACGGCGCUGGAGGAGGUUCCCUGCAGUAGCAACAUGAGUUCCGACCAAGUGAAAGUCGCAGCAGCUAGUGUAGUUUAUUUAUUAAGCAAAAAAAGAAAGAAGCAAAAACGAAAAUGUUGGGUGCGCGACUGGAUACAGAGAAGAGGAGAAUUGGGAUGUUAUCAACAGUUAAUGAAUGAAUUGAAGAAUGAAGAUCAAAAUACAUAUAAAAACUUUUUGCGCAUGUCGCAUGCUGAUUUUAAUGUGCUCCUUCAAAAAGUGCGUCCUUUAAUAAAAAAACAAAAUACUAACAUGCGGGAGUCAAUUUCUGCUGGUGAACGAUUGGCAGUAACUUUAAGAUUUUUGGCUACAGGCGACAGCUAUCAUUCACUGAUGUACGUAUUUCGUAUACCUGUGACGACAAUCGCCAAAAUAAUACCCGAAGUGUGUGAAGCCAUUUACACAGUUUUAAAGGAUGAAUAUUUAAAGAUGCCAAACACUGAGGAGGAAUGGGUACAACAUGCGAAUGAGUUUAAAAAGAAAUGGAAUUUCCCGAAUUGUGUUGGAGCUAUAGACGGGAAACAUGUCCGAAUAUUUGCCCCUCCAAACUCUGGAAGUUCGCAUUAUAAUUAUAAAGGAAGCCAUAGUAUUGUACUUAUGGCAGUAGCGGAUGCCAAUUAUAGAAUAAUUUACUACGAUGUGGGAUGCAAAGGGCGUAUAUCUGAUGGUGGAGUUUUUAAUAGAUGUUCAUUAUCAAACGCGUUAGAACGGAAUUCAAUCAAUAUUCCACCUGCUAACCCAUUGGUAGAAAAUGGACCACCCGUACCGUACGUAAUCGUGGCAGAUGAUGCAUUCGCAUUGAAAUCGUAUAUGAUGAAACCAUACUCGGGGUAUGAUUUGAGCGAUCCCCAACGGGUUUACAACUACCGAUUAUCAAGAGCUAGGCGUAUAAUAGAAAAUGUAUUUGGAAUAAUGUCAACUCGAUUCCGAAUAUUAUUAAAAUCAAUACAUUUAGACGAAAAGAAAACCACGAAGAUUGUUCUUGCAAUCUGUACAUUACACAAUUUCUUAAUGACACGUUCCAACAUAUACGCAACAGCGAAUGACUUUGAUCGCGAAACAGAUAGUGGCGAUUUAAUUUUAGGUCGAUGGCGAAACGAAGAAAAUAAUGAAAUAUUGCCACUCAAUAGAGAUCGACCCACAAAUCCAGUAUCAAAUGCAAAAAAUGUUCGACACUUUUUAACGGACUAUUUUGUAAGCUCUGUGGGUGAACUUCCAUGGCAAUAUUCACGAAUAUAAUAAAUAUAAUAUAAUAAAAAGUAAAAAAAAAAAAUGUUUGUUUUCUUACCAAGUUUGACGAAGACUCUGUAUCUUGAUUUGCAUUUGAUAGAAAAUGCAAUGCACCAAAAUGUCCCCAUCGGGAAGUAUACACCUCAUGUAUUCCGGCACCACUUUUCUUCUGUUUAAUCUUCCUUACCUCAGCAUUAUACUGACACCUGAGAUUGUGAAUCUUAUUCCCAACAUCUUUCACACUGACGUCUAAUUCUGCUGCUAUUUUUAUUAAAAUGUUUUG